UAAUUACUCGUUGACACCCGGUGAUCGCUGAGUGUUACCGAUGAGGGAGAGACCUGUGUAUAAACAACACAGAUCUCUCCCCUGUCAGCUCCUGAACACUGCUUUGUAUUAUCUAUUAUUAUUAGAGCCAUGCAAAGCAGUGUGCAGACAGUGAAGCACACACACAGUCCAAGUAGUAAAACAGCACACAGUUAACCCUUUGAUCGCCCCAGAUGAUAACCCCUUACUGCCCAGUGCCAUUAGUACAGUGUCAGUGCUUUUUAUUAGCACUGAUCACUGUAUUGGUGUCACUGGGGAUGUCAGUGACACCAAGUCAGUUCCCCCCAGUGUCAGAAUUCUCGCUGCAGUCCCGCAGUCCCGCUAUAAGUCGCUGA